AUGGGAAUGCUCCCUUCCAACCGCCAUAUCCGGUACAAAACUAUCAAUUCAAUGGACCGCCGCCCAAUAACCGACCACCUUUCUCCCGACCAGAACUUGUUGCUCCCGAGAACAGGGCAAUAUAAUUCACCAUACAACGCAAAAUCAAAGUCCACGACCCUCUCUACCUACGGAAUACUUCCAAUGCAGCACAGACCACAAUUACCGCGACCUCAUACUCCAUUAUCUCAAGCACCUCAGUCGUUUAUGACUGGAAGUGGCACUAAAUGGACUCCAAGACCAUCUGGGGUUACUCCAAGAUUACCUAGAGAGCCUUCCCGUCCUCAAAUCGAGCCUCUUAGUCCUGUCUUAAAACCUAAAGUAUUACCUCAAUCCGUGGAGAAGUCGUCACAUAAGAGGACACAUUCAAAGCAGGAUUUCGCAAAGACAGGCAAGCCACAUACACCAAGCACACUACGCAAGCGAGCCGACAGUACAACUUCAACUCCUAUUACUGGACCAUUCAGAAGAAGUCAAUCGGUACAGUCACAUGCUGACGAACUCUCUUUGGACACUGAAAACUCUGGUCUUCAUUUUAAACAAGAAGUCGCGACACCUCGUGGCGUUGGUGAUGUAGCCGAUAUUGCGGCUGAUGAAAGUACCAGUCGACUAUCUAAAGUACCACAAUCACCUCGGCAAGCGAUGAAGCGAAAACGCCUUGAUAGUCCUGAGCUUAGGGAGCCACGAGGGCCACCUCUUUUUGUUCUAUGGACUCGUGCUUUUCCAAAGAUCAGUGUUUCCGCUUUAGAAUCCAUUAGUGGUCAUCGAAAUGCGAGCACAUUUGCAAAUCCGGUCAAAGAACGCGACGCUCCAGGUUACAAAGAUCUUAUUCUUCGUCCACAAGAUCUCAAGUCUAUUCGAACGGCUAUUACAGCAGGACAUAAAGCUGCAGCGGCUGUGGCAGCUGCUCAAGCUGCACCUGAUGAUCAAGGUCAAUCUAGUGCAUGGCUUCCUAUCUCUGAAGAUUUAAUUCCUCCAAAAGGUAUAAUAAAUUAUGCACAAUUUGAAAAAGAAUUGAUGCGCAUGUUUGCAAAUGCUAUUAUGUUUAAUCCAGAUCCAGAUCGAGGAUUUGAUGAAGGAAGUCGAUGA